AUGUCGGCAUCGGCAACUGCCCGGGUUCUCAGCAUGGGCUCCACGUGCUGCGCCAGCUGUGGAGCGUGGAUGCCGCAGCAAGGGAGUUUAUCCUCUUCGUCAGCGGCGAUGUGGUGCCAGCAAUGUGGGAUCCAUAAUAAUAAUAGCAGCGGCAUUCAUGAACCCUACACAUGUGAUGCCCGCAACAACACCGCCGCCGCAUUAAUGUUUUCGCCGGAGGAAAUUCGAGCCGCGCAGGCUGAAGUGUUGAUGGCACGGGCGAAGACCGACAGAACCGCGGAGGUGGCGGUCGGCAGCAUGCAUGUUGACAACCGUGUGUUGGAGGAGGCUUUUUGUGACACGUGUGGUGUACACCGCCAGUGCAAAGUAUUCGCACGGCAGAUACGAAGUGCAGACGAGGGGCAAACAAUAUUUUACCAGUGCACAAUGUGCAAUGCGGAGUGGCAACUUAACUCUUAA